CACCCUGUUAAUCAUGUGAUGGCCGUUGUGUCGCCCGGGUGCUGACUCAGACACCAGCCAAUCAGACAGCGCAGAAAGAGCACGGAGCGAAGAGUGACGAUCGACGGACCCAGUAAAAAGAAGGGAAUCGACAUCACUGACUGACUGCAUCCGCUGGUCCUCCCAAAGUACUUACGUCUCCCUCUCAAAGCAUCGGCUUCCUCUUUUGUAUCCUCCUCUCCUCCUCGCCCCCCUCCUCCUGGUUCUCCCUUCAAAUUUCCUUUGUUCCAUCUGGCAAUACCUCGACGGUCUACACGGCCGGACAAUGCUUCUAACAUUCUCCAGUCCCUGUUCCAACUGACCCCAUCCUCUCCCAACCAGAAAUUCGCCUCCGCCCCCCGUUUCCAAUGGCAGAUCUCUCCACAUCCCCCGGUCGGGAUCCCGACUCCGACUCGAGAGAAGCAAACAACGUCCUGUCCCAGCAUCUACAUCCUCAGUUCACUGCCUCCCUUCAGGAUGAGCUAACUGCACCCCCGGCCGAGCCCCCAGCUGAGCAAAGUAGCGGUGAUGCUCCCUCCGAACCCCAGUCCUCACUGAGACUGCAAGGCGGCGAUAUCCAUCGAGACUUGUACCGUAUCGACGCCAAAUCAAAGAUAGCUCGCCUGGACAAACGGGCAGCGACUUUCUCUUUCCUUCCGAGACGCACAGAUGAUGUAGUCGAAGAAGGCGUGGCCGCCAUGGAGCCGGGGAGCUUCCGCCGUCACUUCGUUCAGAACAAGUACGGUCGGCUCGACCAGCCGGGCGUGACCUCGUCCUUUCUCGAUUUCCUUGAUAUUUAUGGCAACUUUGCGGGUGAGGAUUUGGCGGACACAGAGGAGGAAUCCGCCAUCGUCGAAGAAGAAGAGGAAGAAGAGGAAGAGACGAGACCGUCCGAACGCACUGCUCUCUUGCGGCGACGGCGGAGCUCACGAGCCAGCCGCCCAGGCGAUGCUUCCAACGUCAAGACCUUCUUUACCCUCCUGAAGGCAUUUGUGGGGACGGGCAUUAUUUUCUUACCCAAGGCCUUCCGCAACGGCGGGAUCCUGUUCUCCUCCAUCACCCUUGUAACAGUGUCGUUGAUCAGUACCUUGUGUUUCCACCUGUUGCUGGAAUGUCGGAGACACUAUGGCGGUGGCUAUGGCGAAAUUGGCGAGCGGAUCGGUGGUCCUCGACUUCGGACGUUGAUUCUCGCAUCCAUUGUAAUCUCUCAACUGGGCUUCGUGUGUGCUUGCAUCAUCUUCACCGCAGAGAACGUCCACGCCGUCCUGGAAGCUGUGACAACAGACCUGGGCACGGCCUUGUCGACCGGUAAAUUGAUCGCCGUACAACUGCUGGUGCUCAUCCCACUGUCAUUGAUCCGAAACAUCUCCAAGCUGGGACCCAUCGCGUUGCUGGCGGAUGUCUUCAUCCUCGUAGGCUUGGCGUACAUCUACUUCUAUGACAUUGCCAGUCUCGCGUCCCGUGGUCUGGCCUCGUCGGUCGAACUUUUCAAUCGCCAGUCAUUCACACUGACCAUCGGCUCGUGUAUAUUUACCUUUGAGGGCAUCGGGUUGAUCCUGCCCAUCCAGUCGUCCAUGAAGCGGCCAGAACAUUUCGACAAACUUCUCUAUACUGUCAUGAUCAUCAUCACCGUAUUGUUCACGGCGGUUGGCGCGCUCUCGUAUGCCACCUUCGGCGCCGAGACCAAAACGGAGAUCAUCAGCAACCUGCCCCGCACGGACCGCUUUGUCAAUGUGCUCCAGUUCGUCUAUUCGCUCGCCAUCCUGGUCAGUUCGCCGAUCCAGCUGUUCCCCGCUGUCCGUAUCCUUGAGGGCAGGCUCUUCGGCCAGAACUCAGGCAAGCGCGACCCCAUGAUCAAGUGGAAGAAGAAUGUGUUCCGGACCGGUGCCGUGAUGACCUGCGGCCUGAUCGGAGCUGUGGGGGCCGGGGAUCUCGAUAAAUUCGUGUCGUUGAUCGGGUCUUUUGCAUGUGUGCCCCUGGUGUAUAUCUACCCGGCGUAUCUGCACUGGAAGGGCGUAGCCGAGUCCCCGUGGGUCAAACGGGGCGAUAUCGCGAUGAUGGUACUGGGUGUGGUGUUCAUGGUGUACACGACAAGCGCCACAGUCUCCGUUUGGCUAGAAGGAUCCGCCUAAAGCGCCCAAACUACAUGAGCAUGCGUAGGGAUACGGCGUCUUGGUUUCGCAUCUCGCAUUUGUUGGAGAAAGAAAAGAUGGGCCCGGUGUCCUGGCUCAGGUUUGUCAGUCAUUCAGCACACGAUCACUAUACUCCGGCCUGUUGACUGCCACUAACCAGCAUAACACAGCCAGAUUUUUAUUCUUGUUUUGCUCUCAGCCGGCCACCAUGGAGCUAACGGUUUGAUUCAUACAGCGGUAGUGAAGUUCAGCAUUUCGCAUGUGCAGCAGAUCCAAAAUCGUAAACCCCAUUCUGGAGUUAUGGGGAAAUGUUUCCAGUUGUACGCUGUUUUUGCUAUUGACACAAGAGGGAGGAUCUGUCUCUCCUGUCGUGACGAGGAAAUGAGUGAAAUGAAAUGAAAUUGAUAUGAAUUGAAAAAGAAAUAUCUAC